AUGUUGGACGCAUGGGAGAAAAGGGAAAGUGAGAGGAACAGGACCACAGCAGCCACGCAGCAGCUGGCAGCGUGGGUCAGAGCUGAUCCGCCGCACACGUGUCGGACUGUCCCGGCUCUGUGGGUGCGUCGCGCGCUGACGAACCCCGCCCGCCUGCAGAUCGCGCGGCCCCCAAUCUGGUCGCCAGUGGUGGUGCAGGACUACGAGGUGCAGGUGUACCGCGCGCAUGCGCUGCUGGGCAACACGGCGGUGCUGCGCUGCGUCAUCCCGCCCUUCGUGCGGGACGACGUCUCCGUCUCCUCCUGGUUCCGGGACGACACCAUCAUCCUGCCGGGCAGCCACGAUGCGGGCGGCCGCUUCGUGGUGACGAGCACCGGUGACCUGCUGGUGAGGCGGGCCACGGCGGCGGACGCCUCCUCCCGCUACAGCUGCCUCACGCUGCACGCACUGACCGGGGAGCGGCGCAGGAGCACCCCGGCCCAGCUGCUCACCGUCACAGAAGCGACUGGGGGCAUGCCGCCGCGCUUGACGCAGCUGUCUGUGACGUCACUGACGGUGGAUCAGGGACAGCACGUGACGCUGGGCUGCGCCGCCCAGGGACACCCGCCACCCACCUUCUCGUGGUGGUACGAGUCCGGGACGCCGGUGGCUUCUUCUGGCCGCGUGUGGGCCUCGCAGGAGGCGCUGUACAUCCUGGGGGCGCAGCCAGAGGACGCCGGCAGGUGGGAGUGCCGCGUGCACAACGCCUUCGGAGAGCAGCGGGUGCACGCCUCGCUACAGGUCACCGCGCCGCUGCAAGUACACGUCACGCCACACCUGCUGGUGGUGAACUCUGGAGAAGCGGCGAUGUUCAACUGCACAGUGUCGGGAUCGCCGAUGGGCAGCGUGGAGUGGCUGCACAACGCAGAGCCCAUCCCUGCCGGACGAGUUCGGCUGCUGUCGCCGCUGGUGCUGCACCUCGCCGCGGCUACCCGAGCACACCGCGGCGUUUACCAGUGUGUUGCCCGGGGCGAUGACGACAGCGCGCAGGCGGCAGCAGAGCUCAGGCUCGGAGACACGGUGCCGGAGCUGCAGUCGACGUUCAUCGAGCAGGCGCUGAGCCCGGGACCCCCCGUGUCGCUGCGCUGCUCGGCCGCGGGCAGUCCGCCCCCGCAGUUCACCUGGAGGCUGGACGGGCAGGCGCUCACCGCCGCCAGGCUGGGCCACAGGUACACCAUUGGUCAGUACGUUGACCAGGCUGGCGACGUCAUCAGUCAUGUAAACAUUUCGACGGUUCGUGUCCAAGAUGGCGGCCUGUACAGCUGCAGUGCUGCCAACUCCAUGGGCACCGUUCAGUACGAGGCCAGGCUUAACAUCUAUGGUCCUGCCUACGUGCGCCCCCUGCCGGGUCCGGUGCGCGCCGUGGAGUCUGGGCAGGUGACGCUGCGCUGCCCGUACGCCGGCUACCCAAUCAGCGGCGUCUCCUGGGAGCGUCGGGGAGUCCCCCUGACAAGUGACUUGCGGCGCGAGCUGCGCGACGGUGGCGCCGCCCUCCACAUCCUGCGCGUCGACCCGGCCGCCGACGCGGGCGUCUACGUCUGCACAGUGAGGGGCUCUCAGGGGGACGUCGCCCGGGGGGAAGUGGCGCUGGCCGUCGACAGUCCGCCGGUGGUGGCUCCCUUUACAUUUCAACCCAACCUGCGGGAAGGAGCCAGGGCGCAGGUCGGCUGUGGUGUGUCAUCUGGGGACCUGCCCAUCCGGUUCUCAUGGCUCAAGGACAAGGCCCCCAUUCCAAAGUCCCUACAGGUGAGCGAGAAGCAGGUGAGCGACUUCCUGAGCGUGCUGCUCUUCAGCAAGCUGUCCUCUCGCCACAGCGGCACCUACACCUGCGUCGCCUCCAACAACGCCGCCAGCGCCAACCACUCGGCACAGUUGCAGGUCAACGUCGCUCCACAGUGGCUACUGGAACCUCACGACACGUCUGCUCUCUCUGGGAACCCACUGUCCAUCCACUGCCGAGCACAGGGCUUUCCGCAACCAGCCGUGUCCUGGCUGCGUGGGCAAGGUGGUAAACCAAAUGACUUCCAGCCCCUAGAACCUACGGAACCUCACAUGCUGGUAAUGGCGAAUGGAACUCUGUCAAUCCUUUCUGCUUCUGCUGAAGAUGAGGGCUUCUACCUCUGUCGUGCUGAUAACGGCAUUGGAGCUGGACUAAGCAAGGUGGUCGAGAUAGCUGUCAAUGAACCGGUGAGAUUUGAUGUGAUGGAGAAAAAUGUGACAGCUCGUCGUGGCCAGCAGGUGACCUUGAAGUGUGAUGUCAGAGGGGACCAUCCAAUUCAGGUGAACUGGCUGUUCAGGGGGCAGCGACUGCACCACAGUUAUAGACUAAGUAUGUCAGAAAUGAAGACAGCCAUAGGACUGCAGGCUCAGCUGGUGAUUGACCAGGCAGACAGACAGGACUCUGGCCUCUAUGUAUGUGAAGCAGGAAACGUGUUUGGUCACAGUGAGCUGCUUGUCCAUUUAACUAUCCAAGAGCCACCAGACCCACCACUUGAUGUUGAAGUGGUGGAGGUAGACAGCAGGUCAGUCCAUCUGUCAUGGCGGCCUCCAUUUGAUGGACACAGCAGCUUGAUGGGAUAUCUCAUACAGUACAAGAGGGCAACUAGCCUCAUCGAUGACUGGAAUCACAUUGGCACCGUUAACGUCUCCAUUUCAUCGUCAGGUGCUGAUUUAACAAGUAAGAAGGCAGAGUCAGUGAGCAGUGCUGUAAUAAGAGACCUACACCCUGCAACCAGCUACCACAUAAGAAUGCUUGCCGUUAAUGCUAUUGAGGCUAGCAUCUUCACGGAUCCCCUUACUGUGAAAACACAAGAAGAAGCUCCAUCGGGCGCCCCUCAAGAAGUUAAUGCUGAAAAUGUUGAUCCUGAUGAGCUACUCUUAACGUGGAAGGCACCAUUGGCUGACACCUGGAAUGGAGAGAUAUUGGGAUACACAGUCUACUGGAACAUUCAUGGAAACAUGUUUGAUGAAAAAAAUAGUACAAAUAAGCUUGAGGUUCGAGGUUCUUCUAACACAGAGAUCCGAUUGAAACAAUUGAAGAAAUUCACAAAAUAUGAUUUGUAUGUGCAAGCCUUCAAUGAUAUGGGACCUGGACCACUUUCAUCACCUGUUACUAUUACAACUAAAGAGGGAGUUCCAGAUGCGCCUCCACGAAAUGUAACCUGCUCUCCUUUAUCAUCACAAAGUGUGAAAGUCAGCUGGUCACCACCACCAGCCCACAGCCAUGGUGGCAUCAUACGUGGAUACAAAGUCAUCUACAGGCCCAUCAUUACUGAUUACAAUUUUCGAACUGUGGGAAGUGAAGUUAAAAGAACUGCUAGCCUUGAAACAUACCUUCAUGGGCUUCUCAAGUUUACAAACUACUCUGUAAGACUGCUGGCUUUCACAAAUGUUGGAGAUGGUGAACUGAGCCAGUCUGCUUUCUGUACAACUGAACAGGAUGUUCCAGGACCACCAUCUGCUGUAAAGACCCUGACUCUGACGUCCGACUCAAUACUCGUAUCAUGGUUGCCACCUAAACAACCUAAUGGCCUCAUCACACAGUACACUGUGUACUGUAGUAGGAAACACCAUCUUUCAAAGCCAGCGGGUUUUCGAGUGGGGCCCACAAUGAAUACACAUGAGAUCCGAGGACUUAAGGAACUGGAGGCUUAUGAGACCUGGGUUACAGCCUCAACAGUUGUGGGUGAAGGAGAUCGCACGAGGUCAAUCACACAGGCACCAAACUCAAAAGCUCCUGCUCGAAUUGCAUCAUUUUCCCAAGUUUUACAUGAGGCUCUAGACUCUCAUGUGGCACUUGCAUGCAUUUCUAUUGGCAACCCAACACCAAAUGUUUGGUGGCAGCAUGGGAAGGAGAUUCUGAAAACUGACUCCAGAUUUAGAAUAUCCAAGAACUCUCUUCUCAUUGCAAAUUUGAAGAAGGAGAAUGAGGGAAACUACUCAUGCUAUGCAAGAAACUUGUUCGGUGAAGAUAAAAUAAGUUACAAGAUCAUUAUAAUUUUGCCUCCUGAAGUUCCCUUACUGGAAGUUAUUGGUUCUGACCAUCACAGCAUUAAACUACAGUGGACUUCUCCGGAAGAUGGAGGUGCACCAAUUUUGGGUUACAUGCUGAGCUACAAAAGAGAUCAUGGAAACUGGCAAGAAGUUAAUUUAGAAGCUGAGAAGACUACCCACACGCUGGAAGAUCUAAGCUGUGGAGGAACUUACCAUGCAUUUAUUUCUGCACAAAAUAGAAUUGGCAACAGCCCACACAGUGCCAUACUCACUGCUAAGACAAAAGGUGCAGAACCACAGGUACCAAACACAGAGACCCUCAUGUCAGCAAAUGCAACGUCUCUUCAUUUGCGCUUGCAUAGCUGGCCAGAUGGUGGAUGUUCUAUGUUAUAUUUUGUUGUUGAAUACCGGAUGCGUGAAAGUAAUGAUGAGUGGAUACUCAUUGACAAUAAUGCGCCACCAAAGAAUCUCCUGAUAGGGGAUCUUCAACCCGCCACAUGGUAUCAGUUGCGACUAACUGCUCACAACAGUGCUGGUUCCACCAGAGUGCAUUUCAACAUUGCCACAACAACAUUGACUGGAGAAACUGUUGGCCCAAUGCAAGUAAGUGGAAAAUCAAAAAAUGCAGGUCGAUUCUAUGAAGACAUUCAUGUUAUAGUGCCAUCCAUUUGUUCUGCAAUUUUGUUACUGUCUACUGGAUUGCUUGUGUACGUGGCAAUCCACAGAAGACAGUGUCGACAAGAUACAGAGUACAAAGGAAAUCAGGGCUUACCUGAGAGCCCAAGUGUUUGCAAGGCAGCAGCUGAAAUGGAUAACAAGAGAAACUUUCAGCAGAUCUAUUCAUCGUGCCCCACUAAAAUUGAGGAUCAUCUUACACUUAAGCAGUCAGAUGAUUCUUCUGAGCUCUAUGAGAUGAGCCCAUAUGCCACAUUUCCUGUGUCAUGUGAUCUUGCAAGGACAACUAACACACCAACACUUGACUAUACAAUGCAGUUUAAAACCUUUGGACACCUGGAAAAUGAUAGUGGUGUACAACAGGGAUGCACUCUUCAAGUCAACAGAAAGCGUCAGCACAUGAUGUCUGAUGACAGUGCAGGAAACAAUGGCCAGCGACCAAUGUUAUCGUCCAGUCUUCACAGGCAUGGCACUGGGAAACACCACAAGAAGGCCACUGGAGACAACUCAGAAUCAGAUACUAGUGGUAGCCCAUCUGCAGUGAGCACUUACAGGCUGCCUAUAAAGCAAGCCACCUCCAGGAGUCUGGAAAUAUAUCGCCUUGAUUCAAGUACUGAAUCAAAUGAGAUGUCUCCUGCUCCCCAGAGAAGACGGACACCCCGUCACUACCCCAUCUGCAGUGGUGAUAAAAGAUUGGCAUCACACAACAGCACAGAAACAAGUUCGGCUGAAGAUGAUGCUAGCUUUUCCAGCUACCAUCUCCAGCCACCUUCUGGUUUCUCGGAUAAUCGAGAACUAAGUGAAGCUGAAUGUGAUCGUGAUACCAUCCAAUUUGGCAAAAUACUUAGUCGGUUUCAUCAGAAAAAGCUGCAGAAAAGGAGUCAGUACACCAUUGAUGUAUGACUUCCUUACCUAUUGGCAGUAUAUGCUCAGUGAUAACUUUCUGCAAGUACUGACUAAUUUAGUCAUGAUGAACCUAUUUUUAUA